UGAAAAAUGCUGAUCUUAAUUAUAUGCGAUAGGUUGGUUGGUUGAAUAAACACCGUAAAUUCGAGCGAAAAUAUUCAAUUCAAAUAGUUCUGUUUAUUUACUGAAUGGUUUAUAAAAUGCUGAAGUUAGAUGAAACAAACCCAAUUGAUGGCUUAGACAGUGUUUCCGAAAGUGUUUCAUCCAGCUUAGGUAGAUUUUUGACUUCAAUUUUGAAAAUCAGUUACCAAUACAUACUCUGUCGAGUCAAUAAAUGAUGCCUUAAUAUUGCUUACCAGAGAGCCACUUUUUUCAGACCUAUUCAGUAAAAGUGAACAGAAAUGGUUCGAAAAUUUUAAAAAUUUAUCAGAUCUAUCUAAAUCGUCGAUAGUUCGCCUAUAUGGUCGAUCCCAAAAGAUUUUUCGAAAAUCAGAUCUUAUAAAAAUUAUUCAAAACGACAUCGAUCAAUGCUUAAAUGAGUUGAGCUGUUUGGGCUUUCUUUGUACAGGUCUAGUCGAAACUGAAUUUAAAAAUCCCUGAUUAUUGCAUAAUAUUUUAGAUAUGCAAUCGUUAUCAAGUGAAAUGUUGAUGCAUGAGCUCAACCGUCAGGAGCUAGACCAGUUAGCUGGAAUGUAUAACAUUAAAAAUUUUAAAAGUUUAACAAUGAUUCAAUUGAAAGAUGCUUUGUUAAAAACGUCAUCUGUUUCACCUAUGGCAUCAUUUUUCAAGGUCCCUAUUCAGAGUAAAGAUAGAUUUAAAGGAUUAAUAACCCGAAUUCUCGAUGGGUGCUGGCAUGUGGAUGAGACAUAUACACAGUUAAUAACUCAAUUACUUUGGCUAACAUCUAUUGGUUCCGACUCAGCAUAUAACAGACCGAAUAAACUACAGUCGAUUGAAGCUAUAUUAAAGACUGAGCUAUACACAAUGCAACUGGUUCGUCGGGGUGAACUUAUCUUUCCAUCCUACAUAGUCAGUCGUAAAUCUACUCUCUAUCACACAAGUGACGAGUGUCGAAAAUUUCUAGAACUCAUGGGUUUGGAAAUCCGAUUAGAAUAUUUAAUUAGUCAGAAAUCAUAUGAUCUUGCUUUACAGUUGUGUUUGGAUAACAAAACUAAGUUAAUCGACGAAGUUACAAACCUUUCACUUCGUCGCAUUGAUCUGCCUCAAUUUCUACGACGUUUCACUUCACCAUAUCGUGCAUUUCGUUCAUUACUACUAAUGAUCGAUAUAUAUGAACGUCAGAGAAAUUAUAAUGAAGCCAUCAAAUUAAUUGAAACAUUAUUGUCAUUAACUUUUGUAUCAGAUAUUGAUGAUCAAUUUUUAAAUAUCAAGCUAACUGGUUGUGUUCUAGAUCAACUUGGUCCUUGUCGUUUAGGUUAUCUAUUAAAUCGUUAUAUCAUCAAUCAAGGCACACAUAAGAAACAACCAAUUAAAGCAUUGAAGUAUGUGGUUAAUUACUUUAAAACAUACAAUGAAUGUCAGUGUCUUAGAGCUGGUCGUCGUUUAAUGAUUCAUGAACAAUUGGUCAAAUUGUUCGAUGGUGUGAACAAAGAAAAAACUAAUCGCUCUAGAUUACAAAAUGAUCAUAUUGCUACUCCUAUUAAUAAUAACAGACCACUUAAUGGUGAUGAUGGCAACGAUCAUAAUGUUUCUGAUCAUAAUGAAGUGGAAAAUACCAUCAGUCAAGUAAAACGUAGAAGAAUUCAGAAUAGUAAGAAUCGCAAUGAUUGUACUGCAGGAGUUUAUCAUGUGAAUGAAAUUUCUAUGGACAGUGAAACACAAGAAUUAUUCACGAUGGUACCUUCGCUUGUGAUUGAUAUUAAACAACCACCUAAAGUUAAAAUUACUGCUCCUGUUAAUGCAUCAGCUAAAGAAAUUGGAACGCAUCGUCCACACUAUGUGUGGUUUGAAAAUAAUUCACCGGAUAAACUUCAACAACAGCAAUCACCUCAGGGAUCCAAUACUUUGUUACUUACAGUUGAAGAAUGGACUGUACGCUACUAUACGGCUAAUAAACAUUUUGAACAUGGUAUACAUUGUGAAUCACAAAUAUACCAUCUUUUAUUCUGCAUACUAUUUUAUGAUAUUUUAUUUGAAACAUCACCCUCUCCACCGGAUGUCUUCUAUUCAUAUCGUCAGUCAGCGCCAUUAGAUUUAUUUACAGAUGAAUUUUAUCAAUCGAGAAAAGAUUUAGUCGAUGCUAGAUUGCAAUGGCUAUUGACAGUUGACCAAUCAGAUGAUCACUCCAAUUCUUUAGCAAGUCGUAUUCAUACUUAUUGGGAUAUGCAUAAUGGUGAGCGUUGUUUAUGGGUUAAUUGGGAUUUAUUGAAAAAUUCACAGGAGCUUAUAGACAUAUUUUGGUGUCUUGGACCCCGUGUUGUUCAUGAUGUUUGUCAUAAAUUAGCUACAGAUUACAGAAGUUGGAGGUCAGGUCUUCCUGAUCUUUUAUUAUGGAAUCCUACAGAAACGCGAGCUAAGAUUGUUGAAGUUAAAGGUCCCGGUGAUCAUUUAUCCACUCAGCAAAUAAUGUGGCUUGAUGUACUUGUCCAAGCUGGUGCUGAUGUAGAAAUCUGUUUAAUAUCAGCUGAACCACUAAAAUCGCUUCAUUCAAAAUUCAGCCAUUGACAUCUACAAAGAAAAAAUUUAAUUAACUUUUUAUGUACAGUAUAGAAAUCAGUAUACAAUCGAAAUAAAUUUCACAUUAUUGCAUUUUCUUAUCCAUGUACACUAUGAUGCCUCAUUAUUUUUAAAUCUCAGUAUUAAAUACUUUUAAAAAUU